AUGAAAAAAAACAAAUACAAAAUGCAACAACUUGAUGGAUAUCAUAUCAUGAUAGUUUCAAAGUACUUUUCUACAAUUCUUGAUUUCAUCAAAUUGCAGUUUGUGUGUAAAAAGUUUAACAAUAAUAUGGAGAAGUUCCACUACAAUCCAAUAACAGUGACAGACAAAACCAUUCGCUAUUUUCCCCAUCUUGAAACUUUGCACCUUUAUGAAAGAUGCAGCAAAAAAUAUAAUGAAGAUUAUUUUUUGACAAAAAAACAAGACAAGCCACCUCUUACUGAAAUAAAACAGUCUUUUUAUAAAACAGUCGUCUGGUUUCGAGUACAUUAUGAAGACACGCUCGAUCCAGCAUAUGCAACUUAUGAAUUUAAAAAUGUGAGUUGUACAUCCCAAACAAUUCAUACAUGUAACGGAGAAAUUCCUCCCAUCGUGAAUUCCUUAAAAAAGGAAUGUUUUAUUAACAACACCAAAACUGGGGUUUUUAGAAUUCCAAACCACAUAACUUCUCUUGGGAAAUCAUGUUUUUACAGCAGCAGAGCUUCUUCUUUUUCACUUCCAACAACACUCAAAAAGAUUAAAAAAAAUUGUUUCUCAAUGUGUGAUUUAACUUCAAUAUCAAUUCCUGAUAGUGUCAUUUCUAUAGGAAAUUCGUGUUUUUGUAUGUGUUCAAAUCUUGUUAACGUCACACUACCCGAGUGUUUAAAUCAAAUUGGCAAUGAUUUAUUUAAUUAUUGCACUUCAUUGAAAACAGUAGAUAUUCCACCAACAGUGUCUGUGUUACGUGAAAAUUGUUUUGAACACUGUUCCUCACUUUCAUCUAUUAAUAUACCAAAUGGAGUAUUAUCCAUAGAAGAAUAUUGUUUUAGUAAGUGCACUUCAUUGAGUCAAAUUUCACUUCCAAAUACAGUGACUUACAUUGGCAAUGGCUGUUUAAAUGAUUGUUCUUCGUUGACUUCAGUAGAACUUCCCCUAUUUAUCACAUCACUUGAAUAUCAGGUAUUUAACAAUUGUGGUAAACUACCAUCCGUUAAUAUACCUGGAAAUGUAAAAGUAGUUAAAAACCAUUGCUUUGAUUGUUGUGGUAAAUUAAGUCAAAUCCAAUUUUGUCACUCUAUUACCGCGUUUGAAGAAAGUUGUUUUAAUGGCUGCAGUUCUUUAACGGAAUUGGAACUCCCCAAAACGGUUACUCGCAUUUCAAAUCACAUGUUUGAGCAUUGCUCAAAUAUCAAAAAGGUCAUAUUAAGUGAUAACAUUGUGGAAAUACCAAAGAUGUGUUUCAAUCAGUGUUCAAAACUCGAAGAGAUUCACAUCCCUACUAAAUGUGUUAGUAUCGGAGAGUCUUCAUUUUCAUUGUGUAAUUCGUUGCAAGAUGUCAGUAUUCCAGAUAGUGUCACUUCUAUUGGAAAUCAAUGUUUUUAUAAAUGUGCCGAACUCAAAUAUGUUACAUUGCCUUGCAAGCCGAUAAAACUUGGGGAAAACUGUUUUGAAUUGUGUAGUCGACUUGAUGUUGUCCAAAAUUUGAAUAGAAUUGGUUCUUUUGAUAAAAAUGCGUUUGUGGGGUGCAACUCUUUGGAUUUAAGUCAAUACACUAAGCAAAAUAAGACUGGAAAUGGGUGUUCUGAAAAACAGCAAAAAGAAAAGAAAGGUGGACAGACAUCAACCAAAGGAAAUAAAAAACACAAAAAGUAA